AUGUCCAGCGCAGAGCCGCUGGGGCGGCGGCGGCUCGGGGUGGGGGUCGGAGUGGUGGUGACCAGCUGCGAGCAUCCUCGUUGCGUCCUCCUGGGGAAGAGGAAAGGGUCCUUUGGAGCCGGCAGUUUUCAGCUUCCGGGGGAUCAUGUGGAGUUCGGUGAGACCUGGGAAGAAUGUGUGCAAAGAGAAACCUGGGAAGAAACAGCUCUUCACCUGAAAAAUGUCCACUUUGCCUCCGUGGUGAAUUCUUUCUCUGAGAAUUCUUACGUCACCAUAUUAAUGAAAGGAGAAGUAGAUUUGACUCAUGAUUCGGAACCAAAGAAUGUAGAACCUGAAAAAAAUGAAAGUUGGGAAUGGGUUCCUUGGGAAGAAUUUCCUCCAGUAGACCAGCUCUUCUGGGCACUCCGAUGUUUAAAAGAGCAAGGCUAUGAUCCAUUUAAAGAAGAUCUGAACCAUCUGGUAGGAUACAAGGGAAAUAAUCUCUAGGU